CAGGAUGACAAGCCAGCACCUGAGCCACUACAAAACGAGGACGCGCAGUUACAGGUAAAUGUUGAAAUUUUAAAAAGUACACAAGUAAAAAUGAUACUCACAGUGAGGGUUAGGAUUGUUAUUAAAUAAAAACCUACUCAAAUCAAUUUAAAAAACAAUCAGUUGUUUGCCUUACACCAGACAAUAUUAGAGUGGCAGAAUUGUUAUACAACAUUAUAUCCUCACAAUUAGAAACUGUUAAAAACUGUGUCGAGUUAGGAGUGGGUGCAGAUAGCUGUUGACUCAUGCAACGUGGCCUACAGCUCAUGAAUUCAAGGCUGUAGACAGAUGGCCAGGUUCAACUUGGACGUGACAAGGCCCUGAAGGGCUGGUGAAUCACUAGUACAUCAGCAGCUCCUCACCCAUAUCAUUCAUUCUCCACAGAACAGAAAUGCAGCAAUAAUUGCAAAUUGAUAAUAUACAUAAAACUAUAGCCAUAGACUGAGGCAUGAAGACUUAUUAGACUUAUUUUCACACACCAUUUGCAUGGAGUAUCAAACCCUCUUUCGCUGUUCACAGUGAGAACUCAUCCUGGAAGACUCUUAUUCAAUUACGAUGAUGCUGUUGUUGUGUGUUGUAUAAACAAGCCAUUCAUUUGCUCUAAGCACUGUAAUAGUGUUGUAACUGUGCACUUCUAGUUUUUUAGUAUCUGCUACACUUACUGUUUGCGCUAACCACGUAUACUAUGCUUUAGAUGAAAGCGUCUGCUAUAGAUGAAAAAAAAAGAAAUAGUUUUAAAAUGUGUUUUCCUUAUGACUGUUUAACUUGAACUCUAAGUCCAUGUCUUUUAAGUUUCCAGAAGGACAUUUGGCCUGUUCAGUCACUUGAUAUUAGCCUCUUUCUCUGUAAGGGGUUCCUACCACUACGGCUCUCCAGCUCAUCCAUACUACUGUAUUUGAUUAAAUAGUCGGUAUUCAUUUGGCCCCUCAAUAGACACUGUGGCAAUUAAAUUAUCCUCGAUUUGUAUGUCACUCGUACAAGGACAAAGAUAAUACGUCUUGUGUUGACAAGAAGGAUGCUAGAAGGUCACAGAGAGAGGGAAGGGAGAGAGAUAGACAGAGAAAAUGAGAGAGAGGGAGAGACAGGGGGAGAGAGAGAAAGAGAGUCCAGUGGGUAGAAAAUAUAAUUGGGUUAUAUAUAAAAAUAUAAUAAUGGGUUUGAAUUCUACCUCAUCCUGUGAGCCUUGUACCAAAUCCAGGUUGAUGUAAAAUCAUCUUUGUGUCUCGAAGCAGUCAAGUUAAUUCGGAACACUGAUUCUGAGACUCAAUUUCACUCUGUGUAUGUUAGUACUGUGUUUGCUCACUAAUCAUGUGGAACUGUCCUUUUUAAUACAUUUCCUAAUGUAGCGUACAGUAGCUGUAGCCAUAUGGUAAUGGGUUUUGGUCAGACAUAGAAAAAAAUGAACAGUGGAUCUUUCAAUUAAAGCUAAUAUUUGUCUUGAUUUUAGUAGCAUAGCUACCAUCAGCAUGAAACAUAAAUGGAUAUGUGUGGCAUUUAGUUUUUAGGAACAAUUUCACUUAUACCGCCUUCUAAUUAGGUGAUGCCAUAAGAUUCAAUGCACCCGGGAGAAGCAAUUUGUACAAAAGUAUGUACAAGACAAGCUGUCUGUCAAUCAAGGUAUGUUGCGGUCACGGAUUGGCCUCUUCCAGCCCGCUACAUACAUAGCCCCUCCUCCAAUUGAGAGAGCUGUGCUGCGCUUGAUGCAGUGGCUCGUACGGGUUUGAGACAGGACGCUCUACGGUUACUCAUAGAAGUUGUAGGCAACAGCAGUUGAAAGGCAUUUUUUCAGUCACUGCUUUAAAGGCGGAAAGUGGGCAGAGCGCUCUCGUGUAUCCAUUCAACGAACUUGAAUGGGAAAGUAAAUUAUAACUCCCCAAGCUAGCGGCAGUGGAGUAGCGGCGUCAGGGGACCGACUUUGUGGCAUUUAAUAGAAAAAGCAGACCUACAGUAUGCGGUGCAGCCAUGGCAGGCAAGGGUAAGACAGCCGUGAGGACCCUGGAGGAUUUAACGCUUGAUUCCGGUUAUGGUGGCGCCGCGGACUCCAUCAGGUCGUCCAGCGUGUCGCUCUGCUGUUCGGACACGCAUCUGUCGCACGCGCAUGGGGGUAACUGCUGGCAUCUGACUGAAUCCAUGCAUAGCAGACACAACAGCUUGGACACGGUCAACACCGUCCUGGCGGAGGACACGGAGAUCUUGGAGUGCUCCGUCCAGUGCGCCAAACUCGCCGAGCUAGACGACGUGCCAUGGAGUCUCGGCGAGGUAGAGUGCGCACUGAGGAAGGAAGAGGACCUAAUGAUUGGGAUCCCGUCCCGAGAGGUGCUGGCCAAGCUUUCGGCUCUGGUCAGCCGUGCACUGGUGAGGGUUGCCCGGGAAGCGCAGCGUCUUAGCUUGCGCUAUGCCAAGUGCACCAAACACGAGAUCCAGAGCGCCAUCAAAGUGGUUCUUUCUUGGACCAUCUCUGUCAACUGCAUCACCGCGGCACUCAGCGCCCUGUCCCUCUACAACAUGAGCACCGGGGACAAGUUCAGCAGGGGCAAGUCAGCACGCUGCGGGCUGGUGUUUUCCGUUGGGAAGUUCUUUAAGUGGAUGGUUGAAAGUCGGGUGGCACUGAGGGUCCACGAGCAUGCGGCCAUAUACCUCACUGCCUGCAUUGAAAGCCUGUUCCGAGAGGUGUUUACCCGGAUCCAGCGGAGCGCGCUGAUCGAGAGGGACAACGGAAUCCCCAAGUUUACGCUGGAGUCAAUUGAGCAGUCCAUCAACAACGACUCGGAGAUAUGGGGACUGCUGCAGCCAUUCCAGCACCUAAUUUGCGGAAAGAAUGCUAGCGGUGUGCUGAGCCUACCGGACAGUCUGAACCUGCACCGUGACCAGCAGCGUUCGGGGAAGGGCAGCGAGGGCCCCGCCUACAGCCAGGCAGAGCUCAGGACGCUGGAGCAGUCUCUGUUAGCUACCCGGGUGGGCAGCAUCGCCGAGCUAAGUGAUCUGGUAUCACGGGCCAUGCACCACCUCCAGCCCCUUCACAUCAAGAACCCCAGCAAUGGAACGCCUGUCCACCAGAAGAACAACUCGGUCCACUGGGAACCCGAAGCCCUCUACACACUGUGCUACUUCAUGCACUGUCCCCAGAUGGAGUGGGAAAACCCUAACGUGGAACCCUCCAAGGUCACCUUGCAGACAGAGAGGCCCUUUCUGGUACUGCCACCGCUGAUGGAGUGGAUCCGGGUAGCAGUGGCCCACACAGAUCAUCGUCGCAGCUUCUCUGUGGACAGCGACGACGUGAGGCAGGCCGCUAGGCUGCUGCUGCCGGGGGUGGACUGCGAGCCCAGACAGCUCAAGGCCGACGACUGUUUCUGUGCCAGCAGGAAGCUGGACGCCGUGUCCACCGAGGCCAAGUUCCUCCAGGACCUCGGCUUCCGGAUGCUCAACUGUGGCCGGACUGACCUGGUCAAGCAGGCAGUCAACCUGCUGGGACCUGAUGGGAUCAACAGCAUGAGCGAGCAGGGGAUGACUCCUCUAAUGUAUGCCUGUGUGCGUGGAGACGAGGCCAUGGUCCAGAUGUUGCUGGAUGCUGGGGCGGACAUCAACAGUGAGGUGCCCAGCACAGUAAACAAGCACCCCUCAGUUUAUCCCGAAACGCGCCAGGGGACGCCUCUCACUUUCGCCGUGUUACACGGACACGUCCCUGUCGUCCAGCUGCUGCUGGACAACAGAGCCGGUGUGGAGGGGGCCCUGCAGGAUGGAACAGAUAACUACACUGAGACUCCUCUGCAGCUGGCCGCUGCUGCAGGAAACUUUGAGCUGGUUAGUCUCCUGUUGGAGAGAGGUGCCGACCCCAUGAUCGGGACCAUGUGUAGAAACGGUAUCUCCUCAGCUCCCCUGGGAGAUAUGAACUCCUUUAGCCUGGCAGCAGCACAUGGGCACAGGAACGUGUUCCGGAGGCUUCUGUCUCAGGCAGAGAAGGAGAAGGGCGACGUCCUCUCCCUGGAGGAGAUUCUGGCUGAGGGCUCGGAGCCGGGGGGGGAGAAGAGGGCCUGUCCGGCUCCCCCGGCCGUGGAUGGGACCCUCCAGCGAACAGGAAAGGCCAAACUGAGGGCCCUGAGAGAGGCCAUGUACCAUAGCGCAGAGCACGGCCAUGUGGACAUCACCAUAGACAUCCGCAGCUUAGGUGUCCCCUGGACCCUGCACACCUGGCUGGAGUCUCUCCGCACCUGCUUCCUGCAGCACCGCCGUCCGCUGAUCCAGGGCCUGCUCAAGGACUUCAGCUGCAUCCAGGAGGACGAGUACACCGAGGAGCUGAUCACGCACGGCCUGCCACUCAUGUUCCAGAUCCUCCGAGCCAGCAAGAAUGAGGUGAUCAGCCAGCAGCUGUCUGUGAUCUUCACCCAGUGUUACGGGCCUUUCCCCAUCCCCAAGCUGACAGAGCUCAAGAGGAAGCAGACCUCACGUCUUGAUCCUCACUUCCUCAACAACAAAGAUAUGUCUGAUGUGACGUUCCUCGUGGAGGGAAAACCUUUUUAUGCACACAAAGUUCUACUGUUCACUGCUUCAGCCAGGUUUAAGUCCCUGCUCCAAAACCGACCUGCGGCUGAGAACACCUGCAUUGAGAUCAGUCACGUCAAGUACAACAUAUUUUAUUUGGUCAUGCAGUAUCUAUAUUGUGGAGGCACUGAGUCCUUGCAUAUAAGGAACACAGAGAUUAUGGAGCUGUUGUCUGCUGCCAAAUUCUUCCAACUUGAGGCCCUUCAGCGACACUGUGAGAUAAUAUGCUCCAAGAACAUCACCACGGAAACAUGCGUGGACAUCUACAAACAUACUAAGUUCCUGGGUGCCAGCGAGCUUGCGGCCUUUAUCGAGGGCUAUUUCCUGAAGAACAUGGUACUGUUGAUUGAACUGGAGGGCUUCAAGCAGCUGCUGUACGAGCCCCCUGCAGAGAGCCCGGCCUCCAGCCCCUGUCCCAGCUUGGACAUCCUCCAAGACCUGGAGAAAACACUGGCCGUCCGCAUCCACUCCAUUCAUCUCUCCUCCUCCAAGGGCUCUGUCGUCUGACCGCUCUGGAAUCCCAGCGGCAUCAUCAGCAACAUCCCAGCAAUGUUACUUCAACAUCCACCACCAACCCCCAACAAGUUGAUUGCCGCGCCCCCCCGUCCCCCUCGCAGAAAAGGGAUCUGCUGAGUGCCAUGUCGGCAGGGUUGUACAUUUUCCCCUCGCAAACCCAGUAACUAUGACAACCUAAGUUCAGCGCCAGUUCAUCCAACUGACUGUCGUAGGGAGCGCUGUUGGGUCAUGUGAUGUGACAGGUCCGAGCGACAAGGUCUUCACUGCAGCGCCAUAUUCAGUUCACUUGCCCGGGGACGGCGUAGCAACAUGCUUUCAAGUUGUUGUUGUAGCACUCCUCUCACAUAACUGCAAGAUCUUAGGGCACCAAAAGAGGGAUACAAGGAAGUAUGAUUGAUACUGGCCCAUGCUUAUGAAACACAUGGGUGUAUUUCACGUGGGAUACAUUGGAAGAGACCAAUCGGAUAAAUGUAAAAUGUAAUUCAAUGUCUAAUUCCUGCAAGGCUGGCUACAAGGUUUCUGCAAGUUAAUUUACGUACUGUACACAAUAUGCUUUUCCAGGACUUCACAAAAAACAGUGACAUAUAGAGUGAAAAGUAAAUUGCCAAAGCAUCACCUUUAACUUAACCAACCAUUUACAGUCUGAAAGUAGCAAUGACAGAGAUUUGGGAACUAUGAACAUAUUUGUCAAUUUAUUCUCCUUUGUGUGCUGGACAGAAUUUCACUGUGUCCUCAGCUAUGUGCUUUGGCUAAAUCAAUCGAAGAACCUUCCAUUACCAACCGAUACUGCUCUUUAAACAUGUACUCUGUCUGCUCCUACAAUCAGUAUGGGUUUAUGCUCCAAACAUGGAUGUUCAACUCGGAAUUACCUUGUGCUCUAUUUAUGAACUACGUCUUUGCAUGACAACUUCUAAGCCGUGCUGUCCUAAUGUUGCUUUUUUGGGAUGGAUUUCCCUUCGCAGACUACUUUGGGAGGGAGUGCAAAUUUGCCCAGACUAAUGCUCUCUUGAUUGCAAACAACAGACUUAUGGACUACAGUGAUUGGAAGUUAAAAUGGCAUCUCUGUAGAUCUUAGAAGCCAUGUGUAAAUACGUCAUGCAAGUGAAUUGUUUCAGUCGUACUGUCUGUAAACCAAUGUACAGUAUAUUCCGUCAACCCAUCAUGCUUGGCUAACAGAAACACUCUUUGGAUGUGCUACAACCACAGCCGUCGUUCAAACUGUAUGAUUCAGUUGAUGCAAAGUUGCAUGUUAAAUGUAUGAAUCUUUUUUAUUUUUUUCUGUGUCUGUCAGUAGGCCUACAGAAUGUUGUUGUUGUUUUAAAGUCAUACUGAUUGGUAGGGAACCAUAGGUUGUUCAUCUCAGCCAGAGAGGUAGAAUUUCUAGCAUGAGAUCUUUCCCAUUUCAGCUGUGUGGUUAAUGUUGC